GAUCGUUUUACAAAAUUGUGUAUAUAAAGAGGCUUGUGAUCAUCAAAUUCCUGUAUGUGAAAUAUUAUUGUGACGAGAGAAAAUGAGGCUGUUUUUAUUUUUAUCAGUUUUGUCGAUUUCAAUACUUUUUGAGGUGGUCAAUGGUGCAGAUGAGUUGACAUUUUCUUCGUUGGUGGACAAAGUUUGUGCCAAAGCCGAUGAAAAAGCGAUCAAUUUAAAACCGAAGCUGAGUUUUGUGCGAAGCAUUUCUAUCAACACCGAUAAAAUACGAACUAGGCUCACGGCACUUGUCACCAAAUUUGUGGACGAGAAAAGAAUCAAUGAAAUAUUAGAUAAAGUACCAGCGAAUACAACUGCAAUGGAUGUAAAUAACGCGCAAAGAUUUUUACGCACGGAAUUUAACAGAUUUAAAAAGAAGCAAAGUGAAAAAGUUGAUAUUAUCGAUAGAAUUUGGAGUGAAGUGACAAUCAAACCUCCAAAAAGAGAUUGGAUGUUUUCCUGUUGGUUUAGGGAAUGGCUUCAAGAUCCAACUGACGAGAUGCAUAUGAAUCGAGUCAAAAACAAUACGAAAUUUAUGUCAUCCGAAUAUGAAAACCUCUUUAAAAAAUUCAACAAUGAGCUGAUCGAAGCAGAGAAAAUAAAAUCAAACAUUGAUACAUUUAUAGGUUUGGCCAAGACAUCAUUUGAUAAACUGUUCAAAUCAGCGAAACCAGAAGAAGUUAUCAAUGAUGUAAAACCUCUUAUGAACCGAAUAUACAAUAAUGAAAGGGAAUUAAUUAAAAAGCUCGAAGCGAUCGAAUGCGCUGUGAAAGAAUAUAAUGCACGCCGAAUGAUUUGGGUAGAUUUUUUAGUAGAUUUGAGAGCAACGCUCACUUCACCACGUAGAUCGGGAUUAUUUGUUGUGACUUCAUUAUUGGGCGAUCUUUGUAAGGGAAGUAAAAACAAAAAGCUUGAAUAAAAAUUUCAAAUAGUAAAAAAAAAAUUUUC